CACUACACACAGACACACACAGUCCCCAGACCCAGACCUCCUCUGUGUGAGAGUCAGUCCCCAGACCUCUUUGUGAGAGUCAGUUCCACUGUGAAUCACUAUGAUGAGGACACUACUGCUGCUGUGUGUGAUUUUCUGCUGUCUGAGUGUCUCUGUGGCCGGUGACAGCUCUACCUCUCUCCCGGAGGAGAACGGGGUUCUGCUGUUGAAGAAGGACAACUUUAACCGAGCUCUCAAACAAAACAAACAGCUGCUGGUGCACUUUUUCGCUCCUCUCUCUGGGGAUUCCCAGCGGCUGGCGUUGGCGUUCCGUGGAGCCGCGGAGCAGCUGAUUGGUUCGGAGGUGAAACUGGGCGUAGUCGACGUCUCCAAGGAAACCAAUCUGACCAAGGAACUGAACGCCACGACUCCACCCCCUCUACGGCUCUACCUAUCAGGAGACAGACACAACCCUGUACCCUGCCCAGUUUUCCAGAGUUCGGCCUCCAUCGUAACGUGGCUAAAGAGGAGGGCGGGGCCUAGCGCUGACAUCAUCACUGACCUGAACCAAUCAGAUCGCCUCGUCGCCUCAGAGGAGCUGGUUGUUCUCGGACUGUUUAAGGACGUGGAGCGGGGUCGUGUGGAGGUUUUCUACGCCGCCGCCGUUGACCUCCCUGACCUCCCUUUCUCUGUGACCCGGGACCAAGACAUCUUCAGGAAGUAUGACAUCACACAAGACUCCGUGCUGCUAGUCCGACAGUCUACCCCUGUACAGGUAUUGAAGGUAACCAGUCAGAUGACUAAAGAGGAUCUCAUCUCCUUCAUCACCGUUCAUCAACUGGAGCUGGUUACUGAAUACAACGGACAGACAGCCAGCCGUAUCCUCUCCUCUCCAGUGUUAAAUCACGCCAUUCUGUUUGUCAAUAAGACUGAUGAACGGUUUCAGACGGUCUACUCUGACUUCCAGGCUGCUGCUGCCCCCUACAGGGGAAAGGUAUUAUUUGUGAUGGUAGAUGUGGAUGAGCCGAGGAAUGGUAGAAUGUUGGAGUAUUUCCGUGUCCGGGAGAGUGAGGCUCCGAUGGUGCGAUUGGUUAAUCUGACGAGUCACGUGACCUAUCACCUGCCGUCCGACACACUGGACACGCCCACCAUUAUAGCGUUCUGUAAGACCUACCUGGAUGGCACCGCACAGCCUAAGAUGCAGAGUGAGGCUCUGCCUGCUGACUGGGACCAGAAGCCAGUUAUACAGCUGGUAGGAGAGAACCUGGAGAGACUGGCCUUCAACCCUGACAAGACAGCCUUCAUAAUGUUCUACCUGCCCUACAGUGAAGAGAGUCGUUCUCUGUUCCCACUGUGGGAGGAGUUAGCCCUUCACUUCCUGGACAGAGAGGAAGUUGUCAUCGCUCGCAUCGACGCCUCGGCCAAUGACUUCAACCUGUCGAUGAGAGAACGCUACCCCGCCCUCCGCCUGUUCCCCGCGCUGCAUGCAGAGAGGGUGGUAGCCUACUCUGGUCAGAGGAACCUGAAGGAUCUGGUUCAGUUUCUGGAGAAAGAGAUGGAAAGAGCAAAGAUGGACAGGGCCCAAGUCGCAGUUGCAAAUGAGAACUUGUUCUCAACUAGCCUACCUGGUGAAAUAAAGGUGUUCUCAACUAGCCUACCUGGUGAAAUAAAGGAGGAGGAGGAUCGGAGGAAGUACAUUGAGACUCAGAAAGCUAUUGAGGCCAAAGAAGCAAAAGAAGCCAAAGAGGAAAAACAAGAGCUGUAGUGUGUUUACCUGUAGUAUAAAACCUGUAGUUAUAGUAGCUGUAACCUAGCAGUAUAAAACCUGUAGUUAUAGUAGCUGUAACCUAGCAGUAUAAAACCUGUAGUUAUAGUAGCUGUAACCUAGCAGUAUAAAACCUGUAGUUAUAGUAGCUGUAACCUAGCAGUAUAAAACCUGUAGUUAUAGUAGCUGUAACCUAGCAGUAUAAAACCUGUAGUUAUAGUAGCUGUAACCUAGUAGUAUAAAACCUGUAGUUAUAGUAGCUGUAACCUAGUAGUAUAAAACCUGUAGUUAUAGUAGCUGUAACCUAGUAGUAUAAAACCUGUAGUAGCUGUAACCUAGCAGUAUAAAACCUGUAGUUAUAGUAGCUGUAACCUAGCAGUAUAAAACCUGUAGUUAUAGUAGCUGUAACCUAGUAGUAUAAAACCUGUAGUUAUAGUAGCUGUAACCUAGCAGUAUAAAACCUGUAGUUAUAGUAGCUGUAACCUAGCAGUAUAAAACCUGUAGUUAUAGUAGCUGUAACCUAGUAGUAUAAAACCUGUAGUUAUAGUAGCUGUAACCUAGUAGUAUAAAACCUGUAGUAGCUGUAACCUAGCAGUAUAAAACCUGUAGUUAUAGUAGCUGUAACCUAGCAGUAUAAAACCUGUAGUUAUAGUAGCUGUAACCUAGUAGUAUAAAACCUGUAGUUCUAGUAGCUGUAACCUAGCAGUAUAAAACCUGUAGUUAUAGUAGCUGUAACCUAGUAGUAUAAAACCUGUAGUAGCUGUAACCUAGUAGUAUAAAACCUGUAGUUAUAGUAGCUGUAACCUAGCAGUAUAAAACCUGUAGUUAUAGUAGCUGUAACCUAGCAGUAUAAAACCUGUAGUUAUAGUAGCUGUAACCUAGUAGUAUAAAACCUGUAGUUAUAGUAGCUGUAACCUAGCAGUAUAAAACCUGUAGUUAUAGUAGCUGUAACCUAGUAGUAUAAAACCUGUAGUUAUAGUAGCUGUAACCUAGUAGUAUAAAACCUGUAGUAGCUGUAACCUAGUAGUAUAAAACCUGUAGUUAUAGUAGCUGUAACCUAGUAGUAUAAAACCUGUAGUUAUAGUAGCUGUAACCUAGCAGUAUAAAACCUGUAGUUAUUGUUGUAGGUCUUUUGAAACCUUUUUUUACCCAUGAUUCUUAGUUCUCUGUUGUUUUUAAACCACUCAGGACCCUGUAACCCCAUGCUGAGCAACAGUUUAUAUUAGAUAUUAGACUGUUUGUAUAACUGAUUAUUGACACCAAAAACAGAUCAGAUUAUUGAUUAGAUUAAAUGAAAUAAAAUCUUCCAUUAUCAUCUUUGA